CUCCGUGACGGGGAGACAAGAUUCACUCUUUUGCUCGAACCUUGCACGUGUACAUUGCAAUGCCGUUAUUUGAAUAUAUUAGUCAUUCUUGCAAAAGUAGAAGUAUUUUGAUAAAACGAAAAAAUGAAAGACGUAGUGUUUUCAAAAUUGGAGGGAGUAUAGAAGAAUGACGGCGAGUUUAAACUGAAAGACGUAGAGACAUAGCAUUUGUGUUGGGGAAUUCCAAAAUUAGAGAAAAGUCUUUCCCACAUCGAGAUCUUAGAGGAGAUAGUUUUUCUGGUUUUCACAUCCGGAUGGAGAAGGAAAUUCAUUUUUACUCGCUUUUCUUUUUCCAUAUCGAGAUCUAUGAGGGAAGAGUUUCCCUCCUUUUCACUCCUGCAUUGAGAAGGAAACUCAUUUUUCUUCACUUUUUUUUUCCAUAUCAAGAUUUGUGAGGUGGCGGGUUCUCUCCAUUUCACGUUUGAAUUGCGAAGGAAAUACAAUUUUCCUCACUUUUUUUCCUCCACAUGGAGAUCUGCUAGUGGACGAUUUCUCUUCUUUUCACUCCCAAAUUGAGAAGCAAAUUCGUUUUCAUCACUUUUCUUUUUCCACAUCGAGAUUUGUGAGGGGACGAUUUCUCUCCUUUUCCCUCCCAAAUUGAGAAGGAAAUUCAUUUUUCCUCUCUUUUCUUUUUCCACAUCAGAAUUUGUGAGGGGACAAUUUCUCUUCUUUUCACUCCCGAAUUGAGAAGGAAUUUUGUUUUUCUUCGCUUUUUUUUACACAUCGAGAUCUGUGAGGAGACGGUUUCUCUCCAUUUCACUCCCGAAUUGAGAAGGAAAGUCUUUUCUCCUCGCUUUUCUUUUUCCACAUCCAGAUAUAUGAGGGGGCGGUUUCUCUUCUUUUCAGUCUCGAAUAGAGAAGGAAAGUCAUUUUUCCUCCCUUUUCAUUUCCUACAUCGAAUUUGUGAGGAGACAGUUUCUCUCUUUUCCACUCCUAGAUUUAGAAAGAAAUUCUUUUUUCCUCGCUUUUCUUUUUCCACAUCAAGAUCUGUGUGGGGACACUUUCUAUCCAUUUUAGUCCCGAAUUGAAAAGAAAAUUUAUUUUUCUUUGCUUUUCAUUUUCUACAUUGAGAUCUGUGAUAGUACGGUUUCUCUCCUUUUUCCUGUCCGAAUUGAGAAGGAAACUCAGUUUUCCUCACUUUUUUCUUCGUCGAGACCUGUGAGGGGACGAUUUCUCACCAUUUCACUUCCGAAUUGAGAAGGAAAAUCAUUUUUCAUCGCUUUUCUUUUUCCUCAUCGUGAUUUGUGAGGGGACGGUUUCUCUCCAUUUCACUCCCAAAUUGAGAAGGAAAUUGAUUUUUUCUCGCUUUUCUUUUUCCACAUCAAGAUUUGUGAGGGGACGAUUCUCUUCUUUUCACUCCCGAAUUGAGAAGGAAAUUGGUUUUUCAUCGCUUUUCUUUUUUCACAUCAAGAUAUGUGAGCAGACGGUUUCUCUCCAUUUCACUCCCGAAUUGAGAAGGAAAUUCUUUUUUCCUCAAUUUUCUUUUCUUUUUCCACACCGAGAUCUGUGUGGGGAUGAGUUCUCUCCCUUUUAUUCCCGAAUUGAGAAGGAAAUUCAUUUUUCCUCGCUUUUCAUUUUCUACAUCGAGAUCUGUGACGGUACAGUUUCUCUCCUUUUUCACUCUUAUUUCACAAGUCAAAUUUGAAAACCCAACCACAAAUGUACACUUCUUAUUUCUUCUAAAAGUCAAAAUAAGAACCGUUUAUGAUACAUGAAGAGUAGAAAUCAUCGUGGAGGUGUGUGGGGUCCUAAUGAAUGGGUGCUCUGCAGAAUAUUCAAGAAGACUUCCGGCGGCCAUAAAGUCCACAUGUCUUCACUGAUCAAAGGAGACAGCUCCUCCGGCGAGAUCCAAGAACCUUCUUCGGCCCUGCCGCCGUUAAUGGACGCAUCCCAGCCGAGACCCACCACGGCGCACGUGACCUGCUUCUCCGACGAGAAAUCUCUGCCCGACCCGACCCGUUUGUCCGGCAAUCUCCUCCUCCCCUGCCAGGUAAUGCCGUGUUUGGAUCACUCUGUUUUGAGGCUCUGGCUCGAGAACAAUGGGCUGCCGUCUAAGGAAGAAGACGACGAAAAAUGGGUGAUGAGCUCAGCAGGUGGGCCCGUGGACCUGGAAUGUCUAUGGAAUUAUUGAAUCUGAAAAGAGAGUUAGUAAUUAGCAUUAUUGCAAUUUUUAAAUAAUUUUUAGUGAUGUAUAUAAAAUAUGUUAAAUUAGAUGUUAGUAUUGGAAUUAUCCAA